GAGUGUGUGUGGGUGCGUGUGGGAGGUAGGAAGCUGUGGGGCUGGCGGAGAGCGCUGCCGCCACUGCGAGCGUCACACUGCUGAAUGGGAAUCUUCCCGGCAACUCCAGCAGACCGCCGUCUCACACGCGCGCCCCGCGUAAACCCAAGCGGCGCGUCUCCAAGUCCGGCUCGGGUCGACCCACGCUCGGAUCGGACGCACCGUUUCCCCUCCGCGCUUGUUACCGACUCCACCGCCACAACAUGCCCGCCAUCAAGAAGGAGCGCCCGGACGGGGACGACAUGGCUCUGGCCGCCUUCAAGCCGUCCGAAUACCUGGCCCCUUUAAACGCCGUGGUGACCCCGCACCCGCCGCCUUACGAGCACAUUCUGGCCCACCACCGCGCCUACUUGGGGCUCCACGACUCGGCGCUGCAUCACCAGCACCUCCAGCACCCCACGGACGACUUGAUGCUGGAGAGGUUCUCCUCCAUACCGGACUUCCAGCCUUUCUUUGACAACGGGGAGCCGUGUAUCGAGGUGGAAUGCGGGGAAAACAAAGCGUUGCUUUAUAUUAACAAACUGUGUCAAGGCAGCAAAGGACCCUCCAUUAAAUAUCGGGGCGAGUGGCUCACUCCCAACGAGUUCCAGUUUGUUAGUGGCAGGGAGACCGCCAAAGACUGGAAACGGAGUAUUAGACACAAAGGGAAAAGUCUCAAGACGCUCAUGUCCAAGGGAAUCUUACAGGUGCAUCCUCCCAUCUGCGACUGUCCCGGUUGUCGCAUCUCAUCACCAGUGAACCGUGGUCGCCUGGCCGAGAAGCGCACCAUCCCGCUGCCCCCCAACCGAGUGCCCAAGAAGGAGCUGGCCUCCAUCUUCAGCAGUGACGACAGUGAAGGUAGUGAGCGUGCCAGCGGGGAGCAUAGCCACAUCAAGCAGGAGGACGAGCUGCAUUACAGUAUAGUCAGAAAGAGUCGUGACAGUGACCUCUCUACAAUCAUCUCCAACCUGCACCACAGCAGACAGCAUGGCGUGCCUGAGGGUCAGUCUGCUUCCGACCACAACACCAGUACAGGACACACAGAUGACCUUCUAGGCAAGAGGAGAAGCUUCUCUCCCAACAGCAGCAGCGACUCGCCUUCCGACAGUAAAAAGUCCCGUAGCGUAUCACCCAAAGAGACGUCCCUGAGCCCAGAGGUGGAGGCAGGUGGCAGCCACAGUCACAUGAGCCCUGAGGAGCACUACAGGCGCAUGAUGUCAGCACUAAGCGAGCACGGAUCCUACGAGGAGCAGCAACAGCGCCUCUACCAGCUCGCCAGCAGCAUGGGACUACCUGGCCAUGACAUGCUGCGCGCUCGGCAAGAAGCGUUGGCUGCGGCGGUGAGGAAUCCGGCGGCCUUAGAAGCUCACCUGCCCACGGGAGGCAGCUCCUCGUCAUCCAGCCAGAGACGCAAGCAGGGCCUACCACAGCACCGGGACGCACAUUACACUGACAGGGAACUGUCCCAACCUCCACCUCUACUAUCACCUCCAACUGCCCCUCACAUCGCUUUAGGACCUCACCUGCGGCCUCCUUUCCUGGGCCUGCCCUCAGCUCUCUGUCAGACCCCCGGUUAUGGUUUCCUCCAACCAGCUCAAGCUGAAAUCUUUGUGCGGCAACAAGAAAUGUUGAGGAAGCAGAAUCUGGCCAGACUUGAGAUGUCGGCCGAGCUACUGAGACAGAAAGAGUUGGAAAGUCUCCACCAGCGACAGCAGCAACAAUUGCUGACCUCUGACCCGCUGAUCGCUCUAUCCGCCGGGCUACCAGCGGACCACCCGGCCCUGAGGAGCCUUCACGACAUCCCCGAGGGCCAUCCGCUCCGAGAGGAACUGGCCCGUCGCUCUAACGCCAUGCUAGUGCUCCGCCAUGGGGCGGCAGCACCCCUCCUGAGCCUCAACCAGCAUCAGCAACAAGCAAGGACAUCGUCCACCCACAAAGACACCCAAGCGCAGAGCUCCACGGCCAGCUCAGACACUGAAUCCAGGAAAGCCCCCCGUCGGGGCCCUCACACCGAGCUCCGCGCUGUGGAUCACAAACGAAGGCGGGAGGACAGAGGAAGCGAAGGAGACAGGGAAGAUGAGGACGACGCCAGGGAGUCGGACAGUGAAACGGAAACGUGUGACGAGAGGCAGGAGAGCGCUGGUGCCAAGUCCAGGAGGAAACACAGACACAGGAGGAGAGACGGGGGAAGCAAGGAGAGAAACGGCAAGGGAGAGUUUGACGGCGCCAAGGAGACCCGAGACCACUCAGGCCGGCUGAGUGCACCUUGUAGCUCUGCCGGCACCGACUCGCCCAGUCACCACCUCUUCUCGUCUGGACUGGGAAAGUCGGAUGUCAAAUUCCAGCUUCCACCUGGAUUCAUGCCACCUCUGCCUGCUCUUCAGGGACAAUCGUUGCCCUUUGGAUUCCCCUACAUCAACCCUUACUUCCACAUGGGCUCUAUGGGAGGUCUUUUCAUGGACGGAGAGGACGCGGCCUCAGCAAACCCUGUGGAGGACAUCAGCAAGUGGAGCGUGGAGGACGUGUGCGGCUUCAUAAGCAGCCUGGCCGGAUGUGCUGAAUACGCACAGGUGUUCCAGGAUCAGUCUAUUGAUGGAGAGACUUUACCUCUUCUCACUGACGAGCACCUGCUAGCCACCAUGGGACUAAAGCUGGGCCCUGCCCUCAAGAUUCGCUCGCAGGUGGCCCGACGCAUCGGCAGGCUAUUCUACAUGACCGGAGUCCCGCUGGCGUUCCCGUUGCCGCCUUCUGCCACUCUGCGCCCCUCGGAACGAGACGGCGACCUCUCGGCCGCGCCUGCCGACACCGCCGCCUUGCCACUGUCCUUGCUCCAGAGACCCGCCUCCACGAGCAGUAGCUCCUCUCCAUACAGCGGGCCCACCCCGGGGGGUUCCUCUCCCAAGCAGGAGAACGGGAAUGGCUCAGCAGUGGUGGGAAGAUAGAGGACAGAAAGGCUCCAUGUUGGCCAGAUUGACACAGAGAGAAGAGAAUGGACUCCCAGACCUUUAAAGACGGAAUUGGUGGGUCAGGAAAUAGUAUGGAGGACGACAGCCAAUCAGCUGGUGAGUUCCUGGAUGGUGACUGACCUAGCAGAAUCCAAAGAAGUGUUGGGAGACAGCUGCUCACAGACAGCACGCCAAAAAGAGGGAGGCGCAGACGCCACAUUCUUACAAAAGCCGUCCUUCCUUUUUCCUGGAAUGCUUUUUCACCUUCUUUUCUCCAUUCUCUACACCGCACGUCCUGAACAACCCAGGAAUAAAACUCAUCUCAUCUUCUUCCUCAUCCUCCUCCAGCGGCAAUGAGCUAUCGUCGUCUUGGAGGCUUGAGCGACGCCACGCUUAACCAGCUCCGUCUUAUCGCAGCAACUAUGCAUUCCACUGUCCCGAUACCAAAGAUUACCGGAUGUGUGGAAUUGGAACCAUGUUUCUGCUUCUGUUUGCAUGAAGGCUGUGGAGCGAGAAGAGGAAUUAAUUCUAGAAGGCCAGUGCCUCAACAUCAAGCAGUGGGUGCUACCAAGCAGUGUUAUUAGGACCACCCUGACGCACACAUAAACACACAUAUACAUAUUACGUAUGCACAUUACUGGGGGAAACAAAGGAUUGAUAAUUAAGGAAAAGUCAUGUUAUGAAAAACAUUUUUUUAAAUUGUAUUACUUAAUGUGGUAUAUUAUGAAUGAAUACUACAAUACAUAUAAAAAAUAGUCCUAAAUAUUUCCUUAAGAGUUUGUGUUAUAAAAAAAUAAGACUCAAGUUUUAAUUUAUUGGGAAUACAAAUGUUAACCCUACAAGACAAAAAACAGUUCUUAAUUUUGCAUUAAAAAAAAAGUUUUAAAAUUACAAUUUUUUUUUUUUUUCAUGUCAUAUCGUGAGGAAAAUGGUAAAGAAUUUCCAGGAAUCAAGUCAUAAUUGAACAAAUAAAACAAACAAAAAAAUAUUAUUCAGAAAACCGUUGGGCUUUUUGGAGAGUUGAGUUGUAAUUUUACAAAAUUACAAAAAUAAAUAUUGUAAUAUUACAAAAUAAAAUAAAAUAAUAAAUACAUCUAAAUUUUAAUUUCUUUUUUUUUUAAAUUACAAAAAAAAAGGCAUUUUCUGAGAAUUAGUUUCUAAUAUUAUGAGCAUAAGGGGCAAUAUUAUGAUGAAUAAGUGUAAUAUUAUGAAUGUGUAUAAAGUGGAAAAAGUUGUACUUUAAGAAACAUGAGGCUUUCUGAGAAUCAGUUUGUAAUUUUACAAGGGAAAAAACUGAUAUUGAAAAAAUAAUGGUGAAAAAUGACAAUGAUUUUUUUUAAAUGAUCAGGAAAAACAAGUGUGUCAAACGUAUUGAAUAAUAUUUUAUUAAAAUAGAUUUGUAAUAUCACAAGAUAAACAACUCAAUAUUAUGCAAUUUGAUUCAUAUUUGGAGUAUUAAUUUGUAAUUUUUUACAAGAAAAAAUUAAUAAUUUAUUUUCCUCUUUAAGUGACUUUACUGUACUUUGUGUUCUUUAUCAGGGUGGCCCUAAUGCUACUUGGUACUGUUGGAGAAUAUCGCGCGUGUUGCUGGAGAGAAUAGCUGACAUCAUUGGAAACUUGUGUUGACUACUGUGGGAGGUUUAAAAAAACAUACUAAUAUUAUUAAUAAUAAUAAUGAUGAUGAAAAAUCAUGCAAACUUGUACAGAGUCAUGCUUAAGAUGAAAAUAUCCUGAAGGUUAAAUACGUGGUACUUAAUUUUUUUUUGCUAAAUGUAGAUGCACGGAAAAAGGUUUUCUUUACUAAAAAAUUUUAAAAAGACGAACUUUUUGUGGUACUUUUGUUGAUAUAUUUUUCUUUUCGUUUUGUUUUUUAACUCUAAUAUUAAAAGGCGCUCCAAUCCUGAAUGCUAAUUAAGCAUAUUAACGAGGACAAAGUAUUUAUAGGAUUUAGUAGAUAAAGCAAAUUCUAUGUAUUAUAAUUAACCCCUGAGAUGGAUUCCAAAGAUACUUUGACUUUUUAUUUUGGUUGCAGGGAAAAGAAAGCUCUUAUUGCAGAUUUGUUUUUCUUUUUUAAUCUCCACAAGCAAUUGAUUCAAAUGGUCCCUUUAAAGGUUUUUGUCUUCAACCUAUUUUUCUAUUCACCACACGGGUGAAAUAAAUCAUACAC